AUGGCUAUGAAUUUGUUAGACGACGACGAUUUAUCAUCAGUGAUAAUGGAUACACCACCCGGAUGGGGAAAGAGGGAAGAUCAGGAUUUUGAUGCAGAAGAGAGAUUAUCUCCCACACCAACAAAACCAAAGCGUCUUUCCAUCGCGGCACAUUCAGUCGAAUCUAAUCAUUCAGAUAACGGCCUUUCGGAGUCAGAUCUUUCGAGUGUGAUAGACGACAAACCAGCACCUCGUAAGCGGAGGAAAAAUACACAAAGUGGUAAAGAAAAAGUUGCACAUGAGGAUGACAAAGAUGAUACGACGAUUAAAAAUUUAAAGAGUUAUGUUUUGAAAUGUGGCGUACGCAAAGUAUGGUCUCGCGAACUCAAAAAUUUAUCAAAGAAACAACAAGUCUCCCACCUCAAAUCUAUAUUAAACGAACUUGGUGUACAUGGUCGCCCCACUGUCGAAAAGUGUCUCCAGGUGCGGAGAACGCGUGAACUCCAAGCGGAGCUAAACUCGAUGGAUGUGACGAAUAUUAUUCAUGACGAUGAGAAACAGGGAAGGCGAACACGCGCUUCGAGAGGGUUGUUUAAUAAUCCUGAAAAACAGGGAAGCAAUGGAGAUAAGGACACUGAUGAGUCACAAAAGACAUUACCUGUCACAGGACAUAAACGAGUGUACAGCAAAAGCGUUCUCAAACCUGCCUGUUUGGGCAACAUCUCAAAAUCACCAAAAAUUUAUUCGAUUCAAACUGAUUUUUCACAAAUGACAUCAAUACGAUUCCACGGGUUGCAUAUUGCAACACACACGGAUAACAUGACAGAUUUCAAAGUGCCUAGGCCAAGGUUCUUUACCACUGCUAGGAAAGGCGAGAACUACGAGCUUCAAGCCGAUCUCAACAGUGAGUAUCGCGACAAACGAAAAGAUGCCAUAAAGAAAGUCAUCGCCAACAUGACGGUCGGAAAAGACGUCUCGGGACUGUUCUCUGAUGUUUUAAAAAAUAUGCAGACAGAAGAUCUCGAACAGAAAAAAUUGGUCUACUUAUAUUUAAUGAAUUAUGCAAAGUCGCAACCGAAUUUGGUGAUUUUGGCCGUCAAUACGUUUGUCAAGGAUACCGAUGACAGUAAUCCAUUGAUCCGUGCAUUGGCUAUUCGCACUAUGGGCUGUCUUCGUGUGGAACAAGUUGUUGAUUACCUUUGUGAGCCAUUGAGAAAGUGUAUGAGGGAUGAGAAUCCCUAUGUGAGAAAAACAGCCGCCAUAUGUGUAGCAAAGUUGUAUGACCUUAAUCCUGAGCUAGCUGUCGAGAAUGGAUUUGUUGCCUUGCUACAAGAAAUGAUGUCCGACUCAAAUUCAAUGGUUGUUGCCAAUGCAGUAACGGCACUAGCGGAAAUCGACGAAGUCUCUCCUGACAAUAAAGUUUUUGUAAUUAAUGGCUCAACACUUAGCAAACUCCUUAUUGCGUUGAACGAGUGUACAGAAUGGGGACGCAUAGCAAUACUCGAGGCGUUAGCAGAGUAUAAACCAAUUGAUGCAAAGGAAGCUGAGCAUAUUAUCGAGAGGGUUAGUCCACAAUUUCAGCAUGCUAACGGAAGCGUAGUCUUGGCUGCUAUUAAGGUUGUAGUGAUUUUAAUGCGCUACAUUAAAAAUGAAGAACUUGAAAAAUCUCUGGUCAAACGCAUGGCCCCACCCCUUGUAACACUUCUUUCCUCAGCACCUGAAGUCCAAUAUGUAGCAUUACGCAAUAUUAAUUUGAUUUUACAGAAACGCAAAGAUAUCCUACAAAACGAGAUGCGAGUAUUUUUCUGUAAAUACAACGAUCCACCGUACGUGAAAUUGGAGAAGCUAGAUAUUUUGAUAAAGCUUGCAAACAACAAGAACGUGGAUCAGUUGUUAUCAGAAUUGAAAGAAUAUGCAUCGGAAGUAGACGUUGAUUUUGUGAGAAAGUCUGUUCGUGCUAUUGGACAGUGUGCUGUUAAAAUCGACGAGACAUCGGAAAGGUGCAUCAACGUAUUGCUUGAUCUCAUUAAUACAAAAGUCAAUUAUGUUGUCCAAGAGGCUAUCAUUGUGAUAAAGGACAUAUUCCGUAAAUACCCACACAAAUAUACCACGAUUCUACCAACACUUUGUAAAAACCUCGAAGUACUCGACGAACCUGAAGCGAAAGCAUCCCUAAUCUGGAUUAUUGGUGAAUAUGCCGAAAGCAUUUCUAAUGCAUCGGAACUUAUCUUAAGCUUCCUCGAUACAUUCCGGGAGGAGAACUUGCAAGUACAGUUGCAACUAGUGGCAUCAUGUGUAAAACUGUUUUUGAAAAAGCCGACGAAGGAGAACGAAGGAAUCGUAUAUAGAGUUUUGAAAGUUGCAGCGCAAGAGUGCGAUAAUCCAGAUUUGAGAGACAGGGCGUAUAUUUAUUGGAGGUUGUUAUCGACCGAUCCACAAGCUGCCAAGGCGGUAGUCUUGUCUGAUAAACCAGUAAUAUCGAUAUCAAACAGUACAUUGUCAGAGCAGCUUUUGGAACAGCUACUCAAUGAUGUUGGUUCGCUAGCAAGCGUAUACCAUAAACCUCCUGAGACAUUCCUUGGACGAGGAAGGUUUGGUGCCGAUGCCAUCCAGCGAAAAGCCAUAGAGGAACAAGAAGAAUCGAUAAGAGAAACCCCAUUACAGAUACAAACGAAAACCAACGUUGAAAAUCUUUUGGAUAUUGAUUUUUCCAGUCCGGCCACGCCCACAUCAUCUUCCGCCAUUCCAGCUUCUACUGCGCCACCUAGUGUAUCUAGUACAGCAGCAACUUCAGCUGGACCUAUUGACGAUUUAUUGGAUUUGUUUAGUGGGACAUCUAUGGAUAGUAGUAGUAAUGGCGCUGGUACGACACAAGGACAGAAUGGGACACGAGGGAAUGGAAUGAGUAAUGACGAUAUCCUUGGUUUAUUUUAG